AUGACUGAAAAAGGUUACCUUUGGGAUACUUGUAAGGUGAAUUUAGAAGGUACGAUUGUAAAGAUGCAGAACAAGCUUAAUGAAACAAAGAUUCUAGCCCACCAUAAUCAAGUCUUAUGCAAUGAAAUAAGUAGAGAAAAAGCUGAGCUAGAAUAUAAUUUAAAUCAAUCCAUUAAUGAAACUCAACAAUUAAAGGAAAAAUUCGCUGAAGAUAGGCACAUGUGGGACGCUUCCAAGGGAGAAUUUGAAGUUACAAUUGCAAAACUGCAAAAUGAUCUCAAUGAAGCGAGAAUGCUAAGCCAAAAGUAUGAAGAUUUGUGGUCUCAAUCAGGACAAGAAAAAAACGAGUUGGAAAAGACUCUUAGACGACUACAAAAUGAAGUCGAUGAAACAAAGAUUUUGAGAGUAAAAGACCAAAAGCAGUGUAAUGUGCUAAGGGAAGAAAACAAUCGGUUAGGACAUAAGUUGAAACAAUGCAAUGACAGGAUUGCAAAAUUAAAUACAAAAAUUAAAGAAGAGGAGCUAUUGUGGGUUUGUAAUAAGGAGGGUUUGGAAAGCAGACUUGCAGAUGCGCAGUAUGAGAAAGAGACAUUGAUCCAGGAAUAUAGAGCUCUGUGGGCCCAUUUAAGAGAUGAAAAAUAUGAGCUGGAAGACAAACUGAGAGAAUGCAACGAUAGGAAUAAGGAAUUGCAUGCACAGAUGAGAGAAUAUUGCCGCUUGUGGGAGGCUCGUAAGGCGAAAUUUGAAGACUCUAUUGCAGGGCUGCAAAAUAAUUUUAAUCAAUCCAUUAAUGAAACUAAACAAUUAAAGGAAAAAUUGGCUACUUGUAAGGGAGAAUUUCAAGUUACAAUUGCAAAACUGCAAAAUGAGCUUAAUGAAGCGACAAUGUUAAGCCAUAAACAUGAGGACUGGUGCUCUCAAUCAGAACAUAAAAAAUAUGAGCUGGAAAAGGCUUUUAUACGGCUACAAAAUGAGCUUGAUGAAACAAAUAUUUUGAGAGAAAAAGACCAAGAAGUAUGUAAUGUGCUAAGAGAAGAGAAUAAUCAGUUAGAAAAUAAGUUGAAAGAAUGCAAUGAUAGGAUUGGGGAUUUAAAUAGAAAAAUUGAAGAAAACGAGUGGUUAUGGGUUAGUAGUAAGGCUGAUUUGGAAAACAAAGUUGCAGAUCUGCAGUCUGAGGAAUGGAUAUUGAGCGAGGAAUAUAAACUUCUGUGGGCCCAUUUAACAGAUGAAAAGGAUGAGUUGGAAAACAAAUUGAGAGAAUGCAACGAUAGGAAUAAGGAGUUGCAUGCGCAGAUGAGAGAAGAUACCCGCUUGUGGGAAUCUUGUAAGGCAAAUUUUGAAAGCUCUGUUGCAGGGCUGCAAAAUAACCUUGAUUUGAUGACUAAUGAAGCGAGAAUUUUGAGCCAGGAAUAUGUAGAAUUGUGCAUUGAAUGUGAGUUUUUGAAGGCACAGCUGGGAGAUUAUAAUGAUAUACUAAGCUCUAUGGAAGAUGAAACAUGUAGCCUAAUGUCUCUCUCAGAGAGCAAUGCAAAGACAGUGGAAGCCUUGCAAACUCAAGUGCAAUUGAUCACCCAUGAACAAAACAAAUUGAGCAAGACAAAUGAAGAACUGACUACAGAAAAUGAAUCUCUGAAAUUGAAAUUGGAAGAACUGACUACUGAAAAUGAGAGGAAGUCACUUAGAUCUAUGCCAGCAAGCAGGGAGGUGCCUUUGAUUCAAGAAAAUGGUUUAUUGAAACAAGUCCAUGAGCUUCAAAACAGGUUUCCACUGAUGAAAGAUUAUAGACGGGUUUCCACUGAUGAUAUGCUCGAUUCGGCAACAUGGGAGAGGCAAUUACUCACAUCUCUAUCAGAAAACAGUGAUAAAAUUAAGGAAGAUCUCGUUAUCGAGAAUAGAACAGUGAAACAAGAAGCCCUUCAACUUGACCAAGAAAACCAACUCUUACAAAAGGACAUAUCGAUUAAACAGUCAUUACUUCACACAAAAGAUGGCAAAAUUACAGAAUUGAAUGCAAAAAUGAGUGAUCUUAAGAAUGAGAUCCAAGUGUUGGAAGAGAUUGCAAGAAAAAAUACUAAAGUACUGGAGGAAUAUGGAGGUGUAAGGGAAGAGCAAGAGAAGAAAAAGGAAAGUGAGGAGAAAAGGGAGGAGUGUAGGGGGAGGGUUUCACAUCGGAACCAAACAGCCUUUAUUGGUAAUUUGAUGUCUUGCAUUCUUCUAGACAUUGAGAAGUCUAAUGUAGGCAGACGCUCAUCUACUGCCACAAAAAGUAUCAGUCUUCCUUCUGAUACACUACUUUGUGGAUGUCCUUAUGGUUGGUUUGGUGGGAUAGUAUAA